AGCAGGCGGAGAAGAGGGGGGGGGACAGCAGCACACACCUAGUUCAAUGUUCAUUAUAAAAAGAGAGUUUGUGAAGGAGACUCGAACCCCGAGCAGCUCACCUGGACUUGCUUCAACCUGAUCCAGUCAGAGCGGCGUCUGUGUCCCUGGGAUGCGCGCCGCGUCCAGCUGAAGCGGCGCAGUUUGGCACAUCUUCCCUCCGGGCUGCAGCCGGACAGAAACCGCGCUGCGCAUUACAGCUGCUGCCUCCACGCUUUUCCUUAACAUGGGAUCGCACUGUCGAGAAGGUUUGAGCUGGAAAAGUUUGCUUUGGUGCGUCCUGCUCCUCUGGCUGUGCACGUAUGUGAACGGGACGUGGAAGACGAGACUUUACAAAACGUUUCCUGGGACGCAGCAGAGCAGAGAGGCAGCGGCUCGAACCCCCGUCUAUCAAAAAAGGAACUGGUGCCCUCACACAGUUACUAAGACGAUAACCUGCCAGGUGCAGAAUGGAACCGUCCUCCAGAGGGUCUAUCAGACCUGCCGCUGGCCACAGGGAUGCUCAGGAGGCAGCUACAAGACCAUGAUCAGACCUUCAUACAAAGUGGUUCAUCGCACUGUGACCUCUCUAGAGUGGAAAUGCUGUCCAGGGUUCAGCGGUUCUGCCUGUGAAGAAGGUAAGAGAAGCUAACUUGUCUCUACUUUCUCUGUCUAGCCUUCACUACAUCACUUUCCUCACGUGGCUCAUUAAACUUUUUAUUCUCCAAACCUUGUGCUGGCUCUUUGUCACCAUCCUUUCAUUUUUAAAUUGCUGUCUGAUGUCUGUAGUCUAAUGUGCUUGCAUAUGACAGACUUUAGAACAGCAGUGAUUUCCAUCAGCCUUACAUUGUGCAGCUUCUGUCUUCUAAAUGAAGCCGAGAAAUAAGAUCUCUCAGCUUUUAUUGAGUGAGUCAGUUACUCCCACUUUAUUAUAAGUUUUAAUGCCUUCAUUUAAAAAAAGUCAAUAUGCCGCAGAAAGAUUUAUUACUUGCGGUGUUUUUUUGUUUUACAAUCCAGCUAGAACCAACUCUUCAUCUGCCACUGCCAUGCAAGCACUGCUGUGUUCAUUUUUCAUCUACAGUAGCUUUACACACACACACGUCUUCCCCUGGCAGGGCUCUACAGUCUGGCUCAAAGGGUGGAGCUCCUGUUUUGCCGUGACUGAGGGUCUGAAUGGGUGUAACAUAAAUUGUCAGACUAUGUAAUGCAAAGGACAAUAAAUAUUUACAGUGGUUAAAGUGGUUGCUUUUUUGUGGUGCCAAAAAUGAGGAAAAAAACUAUUUCUUUUAUGCUCCCACUUUGAGAUGAACUAAGAAAAACCCGGCCGUCUGAUUGGUCUGAGGUUUGCAGUUAAGUGGAGAAAUUUG